AUGGAAAACACAAGAAAGCUAAUGGAAGCAAAUCUCACGGAUGUGGUAGAAUUUAUUCUUCUGGGAUUUUCUGACCUUCCAAAAUUACAAGGGCUCCUGUUUGGGAUUUUCUUAGUUGUCUAUAUGAGCAUCCUGAUAGGAAAUGGUCUCAUCAUUAUAAUAACCAAGACUGAUCGCACUCUCCAAACUCCCAUGUACUUUUUUCUUGGAAACUUUUCAUUCUUAGAAAUCUGUUACACAUCAGUAACUCUUCCUAGAUUGCUGUGGAAUCUUGGGACCCAGAAGAGAAACAUUUCCGUUUUAGCCUGUGCUGUACAACUUUGUUUCUUUCUUACUCUGGCCAUCACUGAGUGCUCCCAUCUGGCAAUUAUGGCCUAUGACCGUUAUGUGGCCAUUUGUAAGCCUCUCUACUACCCUCUCAUCAUGAACCACAAGUUCUGUGUCCAUCUAGUGUUUGCCUCCUGGAUCAUUUCCAUUGUUAGCCAGAUAGGGCAGACAUGCUUGAUUUUCUCUCUUCACUUCUGUUUCCCCAAACUCAAUCAUAUUUUUUGUGACAUGGCCCCUUUACUAAAGGCAGCCUGUGGAGACACAUAUAUGAAUGAGCUCUCAAUCUCUAUUGCUAUGCUGAUAUUUGUUGUGACACCUUUUAUACUGAUACUGCUGUCCUAUUUCAAAAUCAUUGUUACUGUCAUGAAGCUGAAAUCUGCACAGGGGAGAUCCAAAGCUUUUUCUGUUUGCUCAUCCCACCUAGUAGUUGUACUGAUGUAUUUUGGCACUGGCAUUGUUAUGUAUUUGAGACCCAAGUCUGAACAUUCAGCAAACUUUGAAAAAAUCACCUCUCUUUUGUACCUCAUGAUAACCCCAGUAUUUAACCCUCUGAUAUACAGCCUGAGGAACAAUGAUGUCAUUGUAGCAUUAAAGAAAUUAAUACUUAAAUGGCAAGACUUGCAAAAUAAAUAG